UUCAUUUAUACAUUGGGAAAGAGCCUUUAAGCAUAAAAUCUCUUUACUAAUUAUUCGCUUAUUAUCUUUCCAUCAAUUAUACCAAUUUUUUCAGCCAACAUCGCCUCUCGUGAUAGUGUGUUAGCUGGGCAUGAAAAUUAUAUUUCUCGUGUGUGAUCGUUUUUAGUCAAGAUUACAAUAGUUCUAAAGCUUUGCUGUGGUGUCGUUGGUACUGCUAUUGUUGUUGCCAUUUUUUGUUAUUGCUGUCCUAAGAAACUUUUGAUUUCUUAAUAUUAAAUUUAGUGAGUGUUUUAUGAAAGGUAAUUCACGUACAUACAACCUCUCAUCUGUAAAGUGUUAAAUUUCGUGUAGAGAAGGAAGAAAUCGUUAGUGCGAGAGUGCAAAACAACCUGCAAGCGUUACGUGUGAGCUGAUUUUUAUUUGUUGCUUUGCUCCACCAGUUAAUUUGAGUGGCUGACUACCCAUACAAUUAUAUUACACCUGAAGUUAGACUAGCAUAGAUCCUCUAACUCAAGAAGUUGGCGUUUUUUCAAAAGAGGACCAUGACUGCUAUGGUGAUGCAUGGACGCGGACCAUUACUAGUGCUAGCUUUCUUGGCCUUCGCAUCGAUUCAAGCUUACAAAACCGCUCUGCCGGUGGAGAUCCAGCCGGACAACCAGGUGGCGGUGAACGUGGGCCAGAGCCGGACGAUCCUGUGCAAAGUGGCCGUGCCGCUGCAGUUCUGCCGGUUCGUCAUACCGGGCGAGCCCAGCCUCGUGCUGUCGCCGAACCAACCCUCGGAGGAUGGCAUCGAUUACUUUGGCGAGGGCAUCGACAGGGGCCACUGCGGUGUCAAGAUAUCAUCGAUCAAGGAGAAGCACGACGGCAACGUGACCUGUUACCUUACGCCCACGAAGGGACGCACCGAAAGCUUCAACUCGGUUCGACUGAUUGUGGCUAGACAGCCGGACAACCCGCAGCUGCGGCUCAACAAGAUCGGACACUUCAAGCCCGGCGAGAAGAUGGAGAUCAGCUGCACAGCCGAGGGCGGCCGCCCACCCGCCAACGUCUCGCUCUUCCUCGACGACGAGCCCAUCGGGUACGACGAGAGGCCGUUCCUGUACGGGCGGAUGGAGGACAGCAACGUGGCUUCGCUCAACACGUCCCGAAGCGUCACGCCGAACGACCACGGCAAGACCCUGUCCUGCGUCGCCAGCCACCUCGCCCUCGCCGAACCGCUGAGGACCCAGCGAACCAUCAACGUCAACUUCGCGCCGGAGCCUCAACAGACGAUCGAGUCGUUCGGCAAGGCGAUCGGCAGGUCCGGCAAGGUGAACGUGACGGUGCACGCCAACCCGAAGCCCAACUUUACCUGGAAGGUGGGUGACGAGGACAUUCCCGCUGGCCAAACCGACUCGACCGGCCGACUGCAGACCUCCUCCGCCAUCGACCUGGGCCGAGGAUACUGGAAUGUCGAAUUGACCAUCGACAGUGUUCAGAAAUCUGAUACCGAGAAGAUGUACGCACUACGAGCCGACAACGGUGAAGGAUACGCCAAUUACAAUAUAAUAUUGUCCUCUUCAUCCGAGCCACCAGCAGGAGUCGACUUGGACGCCGGAUCAAUAAUUGGAAUCGUCAUCGGAGUCUUGCUGCUGAUCCUCGCUGUGUUCCUGGUGGUUUUCGCUCGCGCAACUGGACGCUGGUGUUUUGCCGCGAGGCAUCGGAGCGACGAAGAGGCAGACGGGGGCGCGGGCGCCGACCAGCACGAGGAGCACAUCAUAAGCGAGGAGAAGGUCCCGGCCAGCCAGCACGGCCAGGAGAACCCCAUACACGCCAGCAGCGAGUACGUCAACGGCAAGGACAGCCUCGACAAGAAGACCAACACGCCCGUCUAACAACUCUUCUCCCUCGCCCCUCCAACCCCGCCUCGCUACGCCACAUCUCUCGACCCACCUCACCGAUCACGUUAAUUACGCGGCGACGACGUCCACAAAACAACUGUAACGAUAUUGCGCACGACGAGCGCGUACGACAUCGGGGCUCUUUUCCCUCGAGGAAAGGAGUACUGUUCGCGUGCUCCACCUUUUGUGUACUUCAUUUAAAUUCUUACACCCCCGUUGCGUUGGGAUCGCCGACUUGAUGACCGAUGCGGAGCUCCGGUCGAUCGUGGAGGUUGACCGCACAAGUGCGAUUCGCCAAAGAGCUCUUGGGUUUGAAAUCGGCGAUCGGCAUGUUUGAAUAAAAAUAAUAGUUGCACGUCGACGCGUGUUUUUUUUUUUUUUACCAUUGUAACCGAUGCAGUGGGUGCGAGUGUGUGCGCGUGGCCUCGGGUGUUGGAGGCCUCGUUUACUCGAAAGUCCCGGAUCGACCAGCCAUAACACACUUAUUUCUCAUUGCAAGAACAACAGCCACAUCGAACAAGCGAACGGACUUUCCUCGGGCGAGCGGCGCCGUCCUCUUUUUCUGCGUUUUAAGAUAUAAUUGAUAAGAAGGGAGUGAGAUGGAUGCUGAUUGACGAGCAAAAAUAGUAACGACAAGCGCAUGAAUCCUUUUUUUUCCCAAGUGGGCCUUUUUGCGAUUGGCACUGUAUUUUUUGGUCUGGCAGCUGUUUCCUUUUUAGAUGUUUAGCCAGCCGAUGGCUCCGAAAGGUUCGCGCACUUGUGGUACUUUAAGACGCUUUUUUACAUGUCUCGCUAAAACGAAGUAACAACAGUACAGUUACCCGUUUUUUUGAUGAGCAGUUUUCUUUUUUUUAUUUAUUUUGUGAUUGACGAGCCCUCUGGGUUCGUGGUUUCAUUAAAUACAUGUGAAAGACCGAGUUAGCUGCUGCGUUACUUCGCUUUUCUUUCGUAUAUGUGAGUUUGUAAAUAGUUUAUUAAGAAAGAGUAAGUAUAGCUUAAACUAAAAGAAAAUAAAACAUCAUUGAUGAAAAAACAAAAAAAAUAAAUCAAUCUUGUAAGAUGAAACUCUACUUUAGCGGGAAUUAUUCCGGCACGUGUGUAACUAAGGUCUAGCUCUAUUUGUUCGAUUUUACCAUCGAAAAUUAAAUCUUACUGAAUUGGAGAAAAGAAGUAUUAUUAAUGAAAGACAUAAUUUUUUAAUUGACAAUGAGAAAUCCAAAUGUUUUUUAUCCUGAACCUUAGUUACAGCACACUUAGUUUAAGUUAGAUAGUGCGGCAGUCUUGUAGCGAGAACUAUUCUGACUGGAAAUAAUAUUAUUUUAACAUUCCAAUAACGUUAAGCAAGAGAUAAGAAAAAAUGACUUUUUUGCACGUAAGCACUUUUCAUACAGUAUUAUUUCAUGAAUGAUCAAAUUUUUUAAUUGCCCAACAGUACUGUUUGUUUUUUGUAUUACCAAUUUGGGAUCAAUUAAAUCCACUAAGUUUAUUCUUGCAAAUUCUUAAAUAAAUUAAGUUUGUACCUUAACCGAGGCUGCAUCCGUCCAUUAAGAAAUUUUUUUUUAUACAUGUCAAGUAAAAUGAAUUGAGAAAAUGUUUUAAAUACCUUAUAAAACGUAGUCAAUAACUUUUCAAUUAUCUAUUGUGAUCUGUUUGACUAAAUUUUUUAAUUAUAAAUUCAUCGUAUGUAUUUUUAACUGUGUUAUUUCCAAUUAUAAUUUUUUGGAAAUUAUGUGGCUCUUGAAACGAUUUUCUCACUUCCGGAGGAUGCAGUUUAAUUAGCUUCAGCAAAAAUGAUAAAAAAUUUUAUUUUGAUAUAAUGUUUGGUUUUUGUAAAAAAUCACGCGUGGAGCACUCAGAUCACAUUUAUUUUUUGUAGUUUAGUAUUAUAAUUAGUAUUUUUAUCUUUACGACCAACGAUUCUUUAAAUUGAUAAGUCGUUAGGUUAUUUUUGGGGAUUAUAAAAAGGUAUUUCACGUAAAUUAAUACGUGGCUAAAUUUAAAUGUCAACUAAUGCAUAAUUGACAAAUUUUUAUUUAAGAUCGUAAAAACAUUUAUUUCAUUAUCACACAGUAUUCUGAAUUUCCCUGAAUCGAUUUGUGAAUAGGAUCACAACUUUUUAGCUCCUUAUACUUUUCCAUUCCAUUAAAGUGUUACUAAAUGUUUAUAAACGACUCACAAGCUUUGUCUACUUUUUCGUUAAUGCCUUCGACAAUAAGAGUUUUCAUGCACAUGUACAGGUAAAUUUUACUUAGCGCUAUGUCGUUGGUGUGUUAAGCUAAGAAACAAAAGAGAAGAAACUCGCAUUGUCCAACAAAUUGUACGCCAGCGUAUAAGUAUUAAGCUUGCAAUGUAUUCAACAAAACACAACGUAACUGCCGUAAACGGAGAUUAUUGAAAGCAACAAUUUUAUAAGUAAUUUUUAUUUCCUUGUAACUGUUACUUUUUUGACUAUUAUUAUCGAACUGACAAAUUUUAUAAUGACCACAAAUAAUAAUAAUAAAGACUUUGAAUCAUAAGAAAAAAAAAAAUCACACGAGACUUUUGCAAGUCAUUGAACUUGCUGUACCUUUUUGAAAUUCAUUUACUUACAGCUAUAAGACUUUUUAGCCACAUACAAUGUCUAAAUGACAUAUUUAAAUCAGCUAAAUCUGUUUGUAAUAAGCUAAGCGAAGCUCAAACGAAAAAAUCAAAAUAGCUGACCCUCACGGCUAGCAAAGAUUCCAUUUGUUUCGAAGCAAGGAGGAAAGCGACUAUAUCUGUGGCCCAAAGUCCAAAAGAGAGAGGAGUGAACGCGACCUCUAAGCUAAAAGCAAAUAGUCCGAGUCACGGGAACAGGUGGGAGCUCUGGUUUAGCGAUUUUGUAGCGGAGAUCAAACGUGAAUGCAGAAACUUAAUUGUCGUUGAUUUGCCUCGACUUAUUCGCGCGUGUUAUGUACAUAAAAUUAAAGAGAUAUUGAUAAAGGCAAUAUAUACCUAUAUACAUAUUAUAAAUAUUACUGUAAUAAGAUUGAACGCUAUAUCGAUGAUCCGUUACAAUUUCGAAAAUGAAGAGUCGAGGCACUUGGCUUGCAACAAAAAAUAGUGAAAAAUGAAAGUUUGGAGACUAUCAAUCCUAGAGAAAACAAGAAAUCUUGCAUCCCAAUUGCCAAUGAUCCGUAGUUGUGAUUCAUAAUCAAAAGAAAAAUAAAGUGUUAUUGUCCGGCAGAGCAAUGUUUAACUCGGUGUUUAAGAAAUGCAGAGUCACCGCCUGACGUUGACGAAUCGCUUCAAAACGUUAAUGAGAUUGAACAGCUGAACAGAUGAAUGUGCAACGUACCCGUAUAAUUUUGAGACGUUCCUUAGCUCGUUGGAUUGAAUUAUAAAGCACUUAGAAAAUUGUACAAAAUUACUCUUUCGAUCGCGUUACGUUGAACAAACACGGCGAUUCUUCAAACGUCAGUCGGCGGAUUCGUUGUUUUAUUGAAACUCUAUUCAGGUAAGGUUUAAAUAAAAUAAUCAAACCACGUAAUGAUGGAGGAUGGAAAUUGUGUCGUAAUAAUAAGUGUCAGACAUGAGCGUGUGCAAGAACAGUGAAAAAAAAAAAAAAAAAAAAAAAAAAAA